CAUAAACCAUAUGUUCGCCUAGAGUCUCUUGUACAAAAAACAAACUUCUUCUUUGCUAGUACCUAUUUUUCUCCCCUAUAAAAAAGAAAAGAGGUGACCAUUGCGCCGUCCGUCCUCGGGUCAAGAGCCCAAUCAGCACGGAUAGCCAAGCCACGGUUCUCGACAUCUACCUCCGUACAUAUCAACAAUUUCCAACAUUGUUCAUCAGGAUACUUGUACAUUCGAUGAGCCGCCGUGCAGAGAUAGCUUCUGAACCUCUACCAACAUCCUCCAAACGCAGCCAGCAGAGCUGAUCGCCCAUUCCCUCCACUUCCGAAAACCCAACAACUGCCGCAAUGCCUGCAGACUACGACUCAACUGCGAAGGCCCUCGCAUUAUCAGCGUCCCCAACGAGCUCUCCCUCUCCAGAACAACAAGACAGCAGACCUCCAUGGACUCGGCGUAUCUCCUCUGGAGUCCGCCGAGGCACGGCCUCCUCACCAUACUCAACUCAAACCAACCGCUCCCUCAAAGACCAAAUCCUUCAAUCUGCCGACAAAGUUAGACGCCAGGUCCUCACAACCUUCAAAAGCCUCACUCUCCUCCAACAAAUACUUUCAGUCACCCUCCUCAUCAUCUGUUUCGUUCUCGGCAUACUCUUCCUCGUCUUCAACGAGAAAAUUUUCGGUGCCUUGGCCCCAGCAGCUCAGAAGUGGCGAGAUGUCCCAGGGGGAUGGAUGGUCUUAUGGGCGCUGACCUUCAUCUGCGGAUUUCCCCCAAUAAUCGGGUACUCGACGACCGUCACCGUUGCCGGUUUCGUAUACGGGUUCCCCAACGGAUGGUUCAUCGUCGCCAGCGCGACCGUCAUGGGAUCUCUGGCCUCAUUCCUCGCCUCCCGAACCAUACUCUCAAAGUACGUCCACCGACUCGUGGGCGCAGACAAGCGUUUCGAAGCUCUAGCCCUGACGCUCAAACAUGACGGGCUUAAAAUCCUAUGCAUGAUCCGAUUCUGUCCUCUCCCCUACUCCCUCUCCAACGCCGCCAUGUCCACCUUCCCCACCGUCCACCCUCUCUCCUUCGCUCUCGCAACCCUCAUUUCCAGCCCCAAACUCCUGAUCCACGUCUUUAUCGGGAGCAGACUCGCGGAUAUCGCUGAGCGGGGAGGCAGCAUGGAUACCAGCACCCGGCUCAUAAACUACGCCAGUAUCACCAUCGGCGUCACUUUGGGGGUCUCGGUGGGAUGGAUCAUCUACCAGAAGACAAUGGCGCGUGCUGAGGAGCUGGAGGCCGAGGAACUAGAGGCUGGAAGGGGCGAAGGGGCCGCGGACUCCGGAAGGAGGUAUAGUGAUGCGGGCCUGGAAGAUCCGGAUGCCGCUGUGUUGAUGGACGAUGAUGAUAUCAGUCUGUGGGACAGCGCGGGGAAUAUGUAUAGAGAUGAGUUUACGGAUGGGAGUGACGAGGAUGUCUUUGCUAGGGGGGAUGGGGAUAAGAAUAAAGGAGACAAGAAAUAAGGUAGAGAGAAAACCGCGGGCAUAGGAGUUGCAGGUGUUUUUGGUCAAUACGGGCAUGACAUGCUGGGUAGGCGUUCUGGUGUUUCUGAUAGAUCAAACGCUAUAGACAUCAGGAUUACGAUACAAAAGAGUAUGAGAAUUCUAAGUUCGAUUGAUUAUAAUUCAUCAAUCCUACAAGACAUGGUUC